CGUGCGACUAUCGAUUUGUCUCUGGGUCUGUAGAGCCCUUAAAUAUCAUUUUGUGCGAUACAUGAGGGAAAAAUACAUCUCUCGAUUGUCAAAAAGGAUAGCGUUAAAAUUUUUGAAUGAAAUCGUCAGUUGCUGAUAUUUUGCACUAAAAUAAUUGGUAGCUGUGCUAUUUCUUUACUGUAUACGUGCAAUUUUAUAAAUAUGAGUGUAAUCGACGAAACAUGGGCCUUUAAAAUAGAUAUUAAACAAUUAGAUAAACAGUUAUUCUCUGAAUUCAAGGCCGAUGAUCCAAAUUUAUCAAAACAAAUCACGAACCAGUUACAUGGUUUCCAAACACAAACCCUAAAUUACUCUGGAAGUUUAGCUAAGAACAGUGACGACGAAUUAAGAAUGAUAACAGAAAAAAACAAACAGUUGGUACACAAUAUUAAAUCCAAAGUUGAAGAAUAUGAGCAACAACAAGAGAAAUACAACAAAUUUAAAUCAGAACAAAAGAUACUUGCAACAGAAAUCAAGGAUACCCAUGAAGCAUUUUUAAUGGCAAAAAAAUAUUACAAGAAAUUUUUAAAAAUUUACUUCACCAUUGAAUCAAGGACUGAUGGGAAAGAUGGGAUCUUUUUGCAGUUCUUCACUGAAGCAAAGAAAGAAUCAAAAGGAAAUUCAGUUUAUUUGUUGAGGGACUCAAAAACAAAACAUUACGAAGUGUUGCAGAUAACACCAGGACAAGAGAUAUGUAAAGAAGUCCAGCAGAAACUUCAAGUUACAAAUGACGUGCCUGGUGCCCUUUGCUACAUCAGACAUCAUUUCAUGAAGAUGAAGAAAGGAAAAAAGGGAGACUCAUAGAAAUCACAUUAUUCAGGCAGGCUUUAAUAUCACUGUUUAUAACAAAAAAAUAACCAAAAAGGUUAUUAAUUAAAAGUUAGUACAUUUUUAACAAUUUAUUUGUGAAGCUAAUUGAAAUGUUUUUCACUUUAUUAUCCCUGGCCAUA